AUGCCUGGCAACGGCGCCCUGGCAGCCCUGGCGGCCCUGCUGCUGCCGGCGUCGGUUGCGGUGGCGGCCCUGUUUGCCGCCUUCGCGCCCGACCCCUACAUGGACGAACCCUUCCACGUGCCGCAGACGCAGCGGUACUGCGCGGGACACUGGCGGGAGUGGGAACCCAAGAUCACAACCUUCCCGGGCCUGUACCUGUUUGGAACGGCGCUGGGGCACGCCGUGCACGCCGCGCAGCGGCUGCUUGGCAUCCGGCCAGCGGCGCUGUGCGGCACCGCCGUGCUGCGGGCCACCAACCUGCUGUUUGCGGCGGCCUGCCUGCCGCUCUUCCUGGCCGCCGCGCGCCAGCUGGACCCCAGCCGCAGCCGGCAGCAGGCGGCCCUCCUGGCAGCUGUCUGCUUCCUCUUCCCUGUCCACUACUUCUUUAGCUUCCUGUAUUACACCGAUGUGCCCUCCCUCUUCUUCACCCUGGCUGCCUACCUGGCCUCCCGGCGACGGCGGUACCGCCUGGCCGCCGCCCUGGGAGCAGCUGCGGUGCUGGUGCGGCAAACCAACGCCGUCUGGGUGGCCUUCUGCCUGGGUGAUGCGCUGCUGGAGAGAUGCCUGCCUGGCAGCAGCGGCGGCAGCGGGAGGAGCCGUGACAGUGGCGCGGCCGGCACCACGCAACGCAGCAGCAGGAACAGCAGCGUCAGCGGCGGCAGGAGCAGCGGCAGCAGCAGGAAGCGGAGCGGCGUGGCCGGCGGCGGCCCCGGGCUGGCCUCCGAUCUCGCCACCCUGCUGCGCCGGGCAUGGCUCCUCAAGGCGCAGCUUGCGUCGGACCUGUGGCCGCUGGCGGCGGUGGUGGCGGCCUUUGCAGCGUUCGUUGUGGCUAAUGGCGGCAUUGUGGUGGGGGACAAGGCGCACCACGCGGCGGUACGCCACCUGGCGCAGCCCUUGUACUUCCUGCUGUACUGCACAGCCUGCCUGGCGCCGGCCUUCUGGUCCCCGCCCACCCUGGCAGCCGCCGCGCGAGGCGUGGCGGCCGCGGCCCGGCAGCGCCCGGCGGCCGCGGGCGCUGCGGCGGCUGCGGCGGCUGCCGCUGCGGUGGCCGCUGUGUCGUCCGGCACCCUGGCACACCCGUUCCUGCUGGCCGACAACCGGCACUAUGCUUUCUACCUGUGGCGCCGCGUGCUCAACCGCACCCCCUGGGCCCGCUACGCCCUCAUCCCAGCCUACCUGUACUCUGGCUGGGCGCUGCAGCGGCGGCUAGCUCACCGCGGCCCGCUGUGGCUGCUGCUGGCGGCGGGCGGUACCUGUGCGGUACUGGUACCCGCACACCUCCUGGAACCGCGGUACUUCACCACCCCCUUCUACCUGGCCUUCCUCCACAUGCGCACCCCCAGCCCCCGCGCCCUGGCCGCCAUCGCCGCCGGCUUUGCCGCAGUCAACGCCGCCACCCUCUACCUCUUCCUCGCCGCGCCCUUCGCCUGGCCCGACGGCAGCGUGGCUCGCUUCAUGUGGUAG